GAGGUCCGGGCGGCGGCGACUCCGGGUGUGUGACGGGCCCUCGCGGGCUCCGAGGCCGGGACGCGCUCCGGGCCACCCGCCAGGUCCCCGGGCCGCGUCCCCUACCACAACCGUGGUCUCCGGGCCGCGCCAUGGCGGGGAGAGGCGGGGCCCGCGCCAGGCUCACGUCCCACACGCUUCUGUUCGACCUGCCGCCCGCGCUGCUGGGCGAGCUUUGCGGGAUCCUGGACGCCAGCUACGGCGUGAUGGGCUGGCGCGGCCUGGCGGAGCGGCUCUCAAACAGCUGGCUGGAUGUCCGUCAUAUUGAAAAAUACGUGGAUCAAGGUAGAAGUGGGACAAGAGAAUUGCUGUGGUCCUGGGCACAGAAAAACAAGACCCUCGGUGACCUUCUGCAGGUCCUCCAGGAGAUGGGGCAUCAGCGAGCCAUCCAUUUAAUUACAAACUACGGAGCAGUCGUGAAUCCUAUGGGGCAAAAUCAUCAGAAAGAUGGAUUUCCAAACUUUGCGAACCUGCCAUCCAAGGAAACAGCCAACGUCACAGCAGAUAAUGAUCCUAUUCCUGAAUAUAAAGAGAAAGGAAUAUUGCCGAAAUCUUCCAUCAGCUUUCAAAACAUCAUAGAAGGAACCAGAAAUUUCCAUGGAGACUUUCUAAUUGGAGAAGGGGAGAUUUUUGAUGUAUACAAAGUGGAGAUUCAAAACAGAACAUAUGCCAUUAAAUUACUUAAACAGGAGAAAAACGUGCAGUGCAAUAAACAUUGGAAGAGAUUUUUAUCUGAGUUGGAAGUUUUACUGCUGUUUCAUCAUCCAAACAUCCUGGAGUUGGCUGCAUACUUCACGGAGACUGAGCGGUUCUGUCUGGUUUAUCCGUACAUGAGAAACGGGACACUGUGUGAUAGAUUACAGUGUGUGGAUAACACAGCCCCGCUGUCUUGGCCCCUUCGAACCAGCAUAUUAUUAGGCGCGUCCAGAGCCAUUCACUAUUUGCACAGCGCCCAGCCGGCGGUCGUCUGCGGCAGCAUCUCCAGUGCAAACAUACUUCUGGAUGAUCAGUUUCAAGCCAAAUUAACCGACUUUGCCACGGCACACUUCCGACCCCAGCUGGAACAUCAGAAUUCGACCAUGAGCAUGGCCAACAGCAGCAGCAGACAUCUGUGGUACCUCCCUGAAGAGUGUAUCAGACGAGGGAGACUUUCCAUCAAGACAGAUGUCUACAGCUUUGGGAUCGUAAUAAUGGAAGUUCUAACAGGAUGCCGAGUGGUGUUAGACGAACCCAAACACAUCCAGCUGCGGGAUCUUCUCAUGCAGCUGAUGGAGAAGAGAGGCCUCCAGGCAUGUCUCUCAUUUCUGGAUAAGAAGGUACCUCCCUGUCCUCGGAAUUUCUCUGCCAAGCUGUUCUGUCUGGCGGGCCAGUGUGCUGCGGCAAGGGCCAAGUCCAGGCCGUCAAUGGAUGAGGUCUUGAACACUCUGGAGAGUGCCCAGGCCGGCCUGUACUUUGCCGAAGACCCCCCCACAUCCCUGAAGUCCUUCCGCUGCCCUUCUCCUCUGUUUCUGGAGGAUGUGCCGAGUAUUCCAGUGGAAGAUGAUGAAAACCAUAGUAACCGCUCACUGCCUCAGGACAAAGCUUCGAGGAAGGACAGAAGGACUCAGAAGACACCUUUUGAAUGCAGUCAGUCUGAGGUCACAUUUCUGGGCUCAGGUGGGAAGGUGGGAGGCCCAGCAGCCGCAGAGCCCAGCUGUGAGCCCGGCUCGCCUGGGGAGGACAGCUGGUUCCCAAAGCACGUGGUUCCAUCACAGGGCAUCGGGGCCUGCGUGGUGGCUGUAGGCCCUUCCUCAGAAGCACCGGGCCUUUCUCACAGGAACAGGCCAGUGGAGACCACCUGCUCCUCCGCCUUCUCUUGGAAUGAAUAUGAGCAGCACAAAAACGAAUAAAGGUCCCAGAAGGUGACAGAAGUGACAGUUGCUGAGGCCCCUGCGUGUGGGGUGGCCUUGGGUGCACUUCUCUCCUAAGUGGUGCCUAGAGAACGGUCAGUGGAGAGCAUGGAAGGUGCAGAGCAGUGAUGGAGACCAUUCUGUACUUCCCAGCCCCACCAAAGGGGCUUCGAAGUUUAUUUAAUUGGGGCCAGGACUGAUGGCUGACACUUGAAAUCCCAGCACACUGGGAGGCUGAGGCAAGAGGAUCACUUGAGGCCAGGAGCUUGAGGUUGCUGUGAGCUGUGGUGACACCUCGGCACUGUACCCAGGGUGACAGAGCGAGACUCUGUCCCCAAAAAGUUUUUUCAUCAGAAUAAUGGCCUCAUGAUCAAACCCAGGCUGAACUAGAGCUUCAGAAUUACUCAUGAUCACAGGUCUGACUUAACCGAAUAAAAACACCAAACCUGCCACACAGGCCUGGGUCAGUCUCCCCGGCAUCUCCAGCGUGAGUCUCCUCCACACGGGCCUGGGUCAGUCUCCCCGGCAUCUCCAGCGUGAGUCUCCUCCACACGGGCCUGGGUCACUCUCCCCGGCAUCUCCAGCGUGAGUCUCCUCCACAUGGGCCUGGGUCAGUCUCCCCGGCAUCUCCAGCGUGAGUCUCCUCCACACGGGCCUGGGUCUGUCUCCCUGGCAUCUCCAGCGUGAGUCUCCACACGGGCCUGGGUCAGUCUCUCUGGCAUCUCCAGCGUGAGUCUCCUCCACACGGGCCUGGGUCAGUCUCCAGCAUGAGUCUCUUCUGCUGAGAACAUCCCAUUGGAUCCCACUGUUUCCUUUAGCUUGCUUUCAGGGAUGUAGGACGUAUCUAAUUGUAAACGUUAAUGGAAACCUUUUAAAGAACCAUGUUUUUCUGCUCUUCUGUUCACCCCUGUCCAGCCUGCGUGUCUGAAAACAGGCCAGGUUCGCCCUGGCCACAGCCUACUCUGUGUAGAUCUGCAUUUCUGUUAAAAUUCUCAGGACAGUUUAUCACGUAUGCUCCCUAUAAUGUAGUUGUUGAUAUUACAGAGGUUUUUGGUGUUCUUUGUUUUUUUUUUUGUUUGUUUGUUUGUUUAUUUGUUUUUAAACAGACUUAAAGAUCUUUUAUAUCCUGAAUAGAGUGUAUGAACUUUUGGUCAAGUGGUUUUUGCUUUUGAGAAUCCUGCUGGUCACAGGGCCUGGUUCGGCAUUGUGCCCGUUCUGUCCCUCCCGGCUCUGUCCCUGUCUCCUGCGUCUCCUGCAUCUUCCCCUUUUGAAAGCCCAGUCACCAGGGCUCAUCCUCCAGGAAGCCUCCCUCAUCUUUGCAGCCGAAAGUACUCGCUUUACCCAGCGUUUCCUCAGCAAUGCGUUAUAUUUUGUACUUUCACUUUCUGAGUUAAAUCAAAGUCGGUUGUAUCAUCCUUGUCUGUUUGGCAGAUUAUAAACUCCUAUGUUUUCUAUUGUUGCCAGAACAGAUUAUCACAAAUGUGGUGGCUUAAAGCUACACAUAAAUGAAUUAUUUUACAGUUUUGGCGGUCAGAGGUCCUCGGCACUUCUGGAGGCUCUUGGGGAGAAUUUCUUGCCUUUUCUGGCAGAGUAGCCUAUUGCAAUCUCUCUCCCUGUCUCUCCCUCCCUCCUCUUACUCUGGCCCUCCUGCCUCUCUCUUAUAAAGACCCUUGUCAUCACUCAGACAAUCCAGGAAAAUUUCUGCAUCUUAAAGUCUUUAAUUUAGUUAAACCUACAGAGUCCCUUGUCUCAUGGAAAGUCCUCACAGGUUUCUGGGGUAAGGACCUGGGCCAUUACUCACUUUGUCACGGUCCCUGGCAGCCUACACAGAGCAAGUGUUUCCUUAUAAACUGAGUUGAGUUAAAUUAUCUCCAUGAACACAUAUAACCAGAACUUCAGCUGUAAUAAGCACUGCUGAGUACAAUAGAGGGGAGAAAGUGAGUCUGUCAGGAGAAACGGAAGCCUGGAAGGAGAUCAUUUCCCUCAGGUCUCCAGGCAGGUUUCAGUGCACCAGGCACAGGCCCAGACCUUUUAUUUAUUCAUUUUUUAAUUUUCUGGGUGAGUAAGUAUGGUCGGGCUAAUCACAGUCAGAAUCAAGUCCAGGCUAGUAGAGCAGGAAGUCCUCAGGAAUCAGACAGCGUCAGAGGACAUGCCAAGGUCAGAAAUGUGGAGUUAAAAUUCUCCAGGAAAAGCCCUGCAAUGAGGUUGAUCUGAUGGACAGACUUCAGGCCACCCGAUGUACAUGGCCAGGAGACCGCAGGCCCAUGGGCACCAGAGCUGCCGUCCCUGCUUGAUUGUCACAUUUGUGGUUACACAUGUGCUCACAAGGCUUCCUCAUGGCCCAUGUGUUUAGACUGGUAGGGAAAGGGCUAGAUGAGAUGCCAUCCUGUGAGCUGCCCUAGUCUGGCAGCUCUUGGUCACGUGGAAUGGAGGAGCAGCAGGCCUUGGGUGUUCAGUGCCAGCUGCUCUGAGGCUGACUGAGCUCGUUUUAGAGAUGUGACCUGACAGUGUAUCAGCUGAACUGGGGAAAAUUCUCCAGGCAUCUUGACAAGUUUCCACUAAUAAUUCAAAAGGGAGAGCAUAGGAACUGACUAUGUAAAACUUUUUCUCUAUAAGCAGGCCCUUCAGAGGGGUCAUGGAGGGACCCUGAGUCGCACCAGGCCCACGGUCACCACACCAGGUGAUGCUGGUGUCAUGGGUGAGACAUGCUCAGCUGGCUGGGAGCAGAGCUCCUCCCCUAUGGUGUGCACAGAGUGAUCCACAGGGCUUAAAAACAGGUUGCUGGCCCCACCCAGCCUCUGAUGUGGUGGAUCUAGGUGUGGACAGAGACUGCCUAUGAAGUUCCCAGGCACUGCUGCUGCUGUGAGCUCCCCCUCAGAACCACCACCUGAGGGUGUUCUGAGGCUGCUGUGUGCAGGAGACCCUAUCUUUCCUCCUGGGCUGUGUGUUUAUUGAAAACAGAUGUUGCCAAGGAUAUUGGUUAGCACAGAGGAGCUCCAGAGACUUUGUGGACCAGUGACCUCAUGGACCAGGCCACCUUCCUAGGGUAUGACCCUUGGAUGGCUUCAGGACAUGGCAGGUUAGCUGGCAGUGACCCAACUAAUGAUGAGUGAGCACACACCACAGUGCUGAAAUCCUCUGUCAACUGAGCCAGUCCUGUUCACUAGAUUUGCCUUCUAGUGGGCUAAAAAAUGUUAAUUGGUAGGAAUUAAUCCUGCAUCCUAUUAUGGGUGAUGUGAGGAGGCUCUUACAGUUUCAUGAUGUGGAGACUGAGACACCUGGUGAAACUGAGAACAAGCCUGCAAAUGUUCCCUCUGAUCACAGACAGAGCUCAUGAAGACCCUAGUCUCUGUCCUAUGAGGGACAGGGCAGCCUCCAGGAAGGUGCUAGUGUCCCUCCCUCAUAGGACCUUUGUACCUUUUUACAAAACCCCAAAAUACAGAGAAAAUAUUCUAUUGUUUCCGUAGGUAUAGGACUUCUGACAUGGUGAAUUUUACUGACUUGUUGAGAAUUGUGCUGACCUGUGCCCCUCUGCCUAGCAGUGUAAUUUAUGGAUGGCAAGUCAGCCAGUGUAGGACAAUGCUCACACCCUGAGGUCUGAGAGUGUAGGAAGUGAGGUUUAUCACGGAUAUCUUUAAUACCUGCUGUGACCAAGGCCCUGUGUUGGCUACUGGGAUGCCAAGUAAAGGGCAGAUGGUUGAAUGAGGAAAAAAUGGCAUCUGUUCAAGUUUCCAACUCAAUGGUUUUUGUUUGAACCACACAUGGACAGAACCAAAAGUAAAGGCUGGAAUGGGGGUGAGAGGAUGAGGUCACUGUGCAUCAGGGUGCACGAGGUGCUUCCUGGAAAGAAAAGCUUCAGAGAAACAGGGAAGAGCUCCAAGGAAUCUCUGCAGAAGGUCAGCCAAGGACUGGGGCCCACAGCACCCCUGGAGGUCUGCACAGCCACGUCAGCCUCUGGGCUAGAGGGUAGGGUGAGGGGGAAGGGACCUGGGUCUGGAGCUUUCCACAUUCUUUGUGGUAAGCUCAGAUCACCUUGAAGAUGUGAAUCACACAUUGUGUAUGUUGCUUAUAAAUUUGCUCUAUGGUGGAAAACAAUCCCAGACCUAUUCAGGCAAUGAUAAACCAGCAUUCAGGCAACACACUGGGGUUAGUUGUGCUCUGCUCCAAUCUUCCUGUUCCCAGUUCUUUAAACGUGUGCAUAUGUGUGUGUGUGUGUGAGAGAGAGAGAGAGAGAUGGUCUGCAGAAUUGAUUUGCAUGUGUUUUCCCAGAAGGCAUUUUUUUUCUAGAAUCUAUAUUGCCUACCAAAUCUAGGGGCUUGUCAUCUGCCUCAUUGCUACUGCAUUCAUAAAUAGCAAGAGAAUAUUUGCAGAGUUUUUCAUGGGAGCCUUAAUUUUUACAUAUUCUCGCCAACCAGUGUGAAUUUGAGCAAGCUUGCUUCUGGGAGGUGUGGACCUGCUGACCUUGCAUCCGCCCACCUGCGGAGCAGGCUCUGUGCAUCAAGGGACUGAGGCUCAGAAAGCCAACUCCUGCCUAAGUCACAGCCCUGAUGCAGCAGGAAACAAACUAAAAAUUUCAUUCAGGUCCAAGAAAUAUGUGUCCUUAAAAGGCAACUUAAAAACUGAAAGUAUUCCCUAUUUGAAAGUGAAAAUAGCUAAUCAAUAUGUGUGUUUUUUUAUUAAUUUUGUCUUCCCAGAUUGGUAACCAUUAAAGCAAUGGACAAGAAUGGAAUUCUUGUUCAUUGUUGGCAGGAGUGAAAAUUGGCAUAGCCCUUCUAGGAGGCAACUUUGCCACACGCUCCAAAAACCUAAAUAAUAAUGAUACACUGUUACCAGCAGUUUGUACAAGUGUGUAAACAUGAACCCAAAGAUGUUUUCCAUGAUGUUUAUGAUAUUAAAACAUUGGAAAGAGCCUGCAUAUCCUUCAGGAGAAGAUGAGUCAAACAAAUUGUAUGCAACUAGGGGGCACCAGCCAAACUGCAACAAAACAUAGCCGGGCGUUGU